GUGAACACGUGGUUCCGUGUCUGCCUUCCUGCUCGUCUGUCAGUGUGUGAGAAGGUUUGCAGCCCUUCUCUCACUCCUCUCCCUUUCAUCCUCCCAUACAGCAGACAGCAUACCUUCUCCUCUUCUUCCUCCGUCCCACCUCCACCUCAUCCUCUUUUUCCUACCGCUACACUUUCCUUCUCCUUGCGACGGGACUGCCGACAGCCAGGCCGCGGUCACUUCAACGUGUAUCAGCUCAGAGAGGGAGAAAGAGUGAGUGAGUGUGUGUAUGUGUCUGUGUGUAUAUAUGUGUCUGUGUGAAAGUGUGUGUGAGUGAGUGCGUGUGCGCGCACCCGCCGGCAAACGGUCCAUCCGCGUUAUCCCCCAGCCCCUCACCCCCUUCCCGCUAUCCUGCCUCGUUGCUCGGUCAUGACGCUGGAAGCGAUCCGCUACCGGACCGGGUCUUUGCAGAUCCUCAACCAGCUGCUGCUGCCACACCAGACCGUUUACGAUGACAUCCGCUCGGUACAGGACGCUUACGAGGCCAUCAAGUCCAUGAAGGUGCGUGGAGCUCCGGCCAUCGCCAUCGUGGGCUGCCUCAGUUUGGCUGUGGAACUGCGGGCAGGCGCCGGGGGUGAUGACCCUGUGACCUUCAUCAGGGAGUCUCUGUGUCACCUGACUUCAGCAAGGCCCACUGCUGUCAACAUGGGCCGUGCCGCCCGCGAGCUGAUGGAGUUUGCUGAGAAUGAGAGUAUGGAGAAGAACUCUGAGCAGCUCAGAGAAAGUGUAAUUGCCUGGAUCGAAGACAUGCUGGAGCGUGACGUCAAUGACAACAGGAAGAUCGGUAACUAUGGAGCCCAGCACAUCCUUUCUGGCGUCCCCAGGGACUCUGUGACCAUCCUCACACACUGCAACACCGGCUCACUGGCCACAGCUGGAUACGGGACGGCGCUGGGCGUGGUGAGAAGCCUCCACACGCUGGGCAGGCUGAAGCGUGUGUACUGCACAGAGACGAGGCCGUACAACCAAGGGUCCAGACUGACGGCGUAUGAGGCUGUUGCAGAGGGAAUCCCUGCCACGCUUAUAACAGACAGCAUGGCAGCCCUCACCAUGAGGGAAAUGGACAUCACAGCUGUGGUGGUGGGUGCAGAUAGGGUGGUUGCUAACGGUGACACAGCCAACAAGGUUGGCACAUACCAGCUGGCCAUCGCCGCUAAGCACCAUGGGAUCCCUUUCUAUGUGGCGGCACCCAGCACGUCGUGUGACUUGAGCCUGGAGAGCGGCAGGGACAUCAUCAUCGAAGUGCGCCCCCCUGAGGAACUGACUUCUAUAAACGGGGUCCCCAUCGCUGCCCCAGGUAUCGAAGUGUGGAACCCGGCAUUCGACGUGACCCCCCACCAGCUCAUUACAGGGGGCAUCAUCACAGAGCUGGGAGUCUUCCUCCCCUCUGAGCUCCAGGCGGCGCUCACCGGCCGCCUCACUGCCCUCUAGAGCCACUCGGCUCCUCCUGCUGGUCCGUGUGCACCACUGCACGUUUACGUCACACUAAAAGACACUUUCUCGUCAUCACAGAUCAUGCACAGUUGUAUUUUUAAUUGAAUUUUGUUCAGUACACAGUCACUGUUGCAUUCGGUGGUGCACACAAAAGGAAAAAAAAAAAUCUUCUGUUUCUCACUUUUUUCACAUGCACAGCUACAUGCGAUCUCACCGCAGAGAGUCGAGCAGACACGUGUGCGGUCUCCCCUUUCUUUUAAAUCCCUCUUCUGUCUUCUCCUUUCACCUCCAAAGCUUUCCAUGUCAUCUUUCAUCAUCUCUUUCCACCUCUCUCUCUUUCCAAAUGGC